GAGGAGAGCAAGCAGGAUUGGGAGAUCAUUCCAGAUGCUGACUGCCCCUCCAUAGAGAAUGUGGCGCAGGCGAACACCACCGACGUGGAAGCUAUCAAGAAGGCCUGUGAGACACAGCUCAAGAAAAAAGGCAUCGACGCUGGCUGCUUUGUCAUGGACGGCCCGCAGGGUUGGGUAGUGGAUACAUACACUUGUUUUGGCGUUUUGUGGUCUCCUUGCCGUUCAAAGCGAAGGUAUGUGCUGCCAGAUCCCGAUGCCAAGAAACCCUUCCGCAUGAUGAAGGCUGUGAAGGACGAAGGCAUGCCAACCUACAAGAACCCCUUCGUGCAUGGCAACCUGGGCCUUGUUAAGUCUGGGUAUGGGUAA